UAUCUCUACUACUUAGAACAUCCUCACUCUCUCUGCUGUUUAUAGCUUCCUCACUGUUGCUACUGUCUAUAGCCGCCUAUCUGUCUCAUGUCUGUAGCUGCCUCACUGUCCCUCCUGCUUGUAGCUGCCUCACUGUCCCUCCUGCCUGUAGCUGCCUCACUGUCCCUCCUGUCUGUCAGUGCCUCACUGUCCCUCCUGUCUGUCAGUGCCUCACUGUCCCUCUUAUCUGUAGCUGACUCACUGUCCCUCCUGCUUGUAGCUGACUCACUGUCCCUCCUGCUUGUAGCUGACUCACUGUCCCUCCUGUCUGUAGCUGACUCACUGUCCCUCCUGCCUGUAGCUGCCUCACUGUCCCUCCUGCCUGUAGCUGCCUCACUGUCCCUCCUGCCUGUAGCUGCCUCACUGUCCCUCCUAUCUGUCACUGCCUCACUGUCCCUCCUGUCUGUCAGUGCCUCACUGUCCCUCCUGUCUGUCAGUGCCUCACUGUCCCUCCUGUCUGUCAGUGCCUCACUGUCUCUCCUGCCUGUAGCUGACUCACUGUCCCUCCUGCUUGUAGCUGACUCACUGUCUCUCCUGCCUGUAGCUGCCUCACUGUCCCUCCUGCCUGUAGCUGCCUCACUGUCCCUCCUGCCUGUAGCUGCCUCACUGUCCCUCCUGCCUGUAGCUGCCUCACUGUCCCUCCUGCCUGUAGCUGCCUCACUGUCCCUCCUGCCUGUAGCUGCCUCACUGUCCCUCCUUCCUGUAGCUGCCUCACUGUCCCUCCUGCCUGUAGCUGCCUCACUGUCCCUCCUGCCUGUAGUUGACUCAUUGUCCCUCCUGUCUGCUGCUGCCUCACUGUCUCUCCUGCCUGUAGCUGCCUCACUGUCCCUCCUGCUUGUAGCUGCCUCACUGUCCCUACUGCCUGUAGCUGCCUCACUGUCCCUCCUGUCUGUCAGUGCCUCACUGUCCCUCCUGUCUGUCAGUGCCUCACUGUCCCUCCUGUCUGUCAGUGCCUCACUGUCCCUCCUGUCUGUAGCUGACUCACUGUCCCUCCUGCUUGUAGCUGACUCACUGUCCCUCCUGCUUGUAGCUGACUCACUGUCCCUCCUGUCUGUAGCUGACUCACUGUCCCUCCUGCCUGUAGCUGCCUCACUGUCCCUCCUGCCUGUAGCUGCCUCACUGUCCCUCCUAUCUGUCGCUGCCUCACUGUCCCUCCUAUCUGUCAGUGCCUCACUGUCCCUCCUAUCAGUAGCUGACUCACUGUCCCUCCUAUCAGUAGCUGACUCACUGUCCCUCCUAUCAGUAGCUGACUCACUGUCCCUCCUGCUUGUAGCUGACUCACUGUCCCUCUUGCCUGUAGCUGACUCACUGUCCCUCUUGCCUGUAGCUGACUCACUGUCCCUCCUGCCUGUAGCUGACUCACUGUCCCUCCUGUCUGUCAGUGCCUCACUGUCUCUCCUGCCUGUAGCUGACUCACUGUCCCUCCUGCCUGUAGCUGCCUCACUGUCCCUCCUGCCUGUAGCUGCCUCACUGUCCCUCCUGCCUGUAGCUGCCUCACUGUCCCUCCUGCCUGUAGUUGACUCAUUGUCCCUCCUGUCUGCUGCUGCCUCACUGUCUCUCCUGCCUGUAGCUGCCUCACUGUCCCUCCUGUCUGUCAGUGACUCACUGUCCCUCCUGUCUGUCAGUGACUCACUGUCCCUUCUGCCUGUCAGUGCCUCACUGUCUCUCCUGCCUGUAGCUGACUCACUGUCCCUCCUGCCUGUAGCUGCCUCACUGUCCCUCCUGCCUGUAGCUGACUCACUGUCCCUCCUGCCUGCUGCUGCCUCACUGUCUCUCCUGCCUGUAGCUUCCUCACUGUCCCUCCUGUCUGUCAGUGACUCACUGUCCCUCCUGUCUGUCAGUGACUCACUGUCCCUCCUGCCUCUCAGUGCCUCACUGUCUCUCCUGUCUGUAGCUGACUCACUCUCUCACACUCUUGCUUUCUCUCCCACCCUCGCUCUCCCUCACUUAAAAACUGCUCCAAAGGAAAACGUGAACAGUUUGUAUUUUAACCAGAGUGAGGAUGCCAGUUUAAAAAUAUUAAAUCAAUUUUGCAGGUUCCUGCGGUAGGUUUUGUAGCCACAGAAAGGAGGCUUUUUCAGAACAGGGUAUAUACAUGUAUUCCC